AUGACACACUCUCCUGAUGGAGACAGCGGAGUUGGCGAUCAUGGUGAAGCUGGUCUCAAAGCCUUUGUUGACCAGCAUCGGUGCAAUGAGUUUUGCAUUCGUCUGGGUCUUGGACCUGCAAACCCUCUAUCAGCGGCCACUCAUUCUACUCGAUCUGUCCACGGUGAAGAGGGUGGCGAGGAAGAGGACGAUGAUAACGAGGAGGAGGAGGAUCCUAACGAAGCCCGUAAGGAGAAUGAGGCAGAAGACAGCGAGUAG